AUGAUUAAUCAUCAAGAUUCAUCUUCGUUUGAGCAUAAUCGUUUGCAUUAAGAGAUGAAGUAAACAGCUCAAUUCUUCAAUCCAUAAUUGAGUUCGUUAGGCCAAACUAUAAAAUAUUAAUAAAAGCAAUUAUAAAGAGUCCCAUUCAAAAACACAAAAGAUCAAGCUUUCAAAAUUAAUUCUGAGGGAAAAAAGAAUGUGUUAAGUUAAUAAGUUAAUCAGAAGCGACCCUCAUAACCAUCUUAACAAGAGAGUAUAGCUAGAUCGGAGAAGUAAUUUGUAUAGAAUCAAUACAUAACCCCUGUUAUGCAUAAAUAUGGGUAUGAAGUGCUACCUAACUAGCUCUCCGCCCAAAUUGAUGAAAGUUCCAUCAGUAAAACCUUUCUCUCCACCUCAACCCAAAACUAAUUCAGAGUAAGUAAUCAUUGCUCAAAACAAUUCUGUUGCCUCAGGCAUCCAAAGAAGUGCAAAUGGCAGAUUUUUUUAGACUCCCAAGACUACUGAAAAGGAAUUCAAUAUCAGUAUGGCAGACCUACAGCCUAUUCCGAAAUACAAUUCUACAAAAGCAGCUGAAGAAUAUGUUAAACCCGAAUAUCCUUCCUAUCAAAAGGCUCUACUGGACAGUAGAUAAUCUCAUUUCAACAGUGAACAGAUGCAGAAGUCUAAUUCGACAGCCUUCCUGCCACGAAUCAAACCUCCAAUUUAAAAAAUUAACAUUAACCAAUUCAUAGGCUAUGGAUCAAUUGGAUAAUAAUCACAGUAAGAAACUGCCUUGAGAACUAACUCUUCAAAGUAAACGAUCACUCCUGUUAAUGAAUUUAUUAAUUUCAAUUUACCUGAGGAAGACAUUUCGAGGAAAUCAAGAACUGCUUAACACCUUCGGGAUAAUUAGGAACAACAAUUGUAAUUCAAAUUUGGUUAGAAAUUGAAGAAUAUAGAUUAGCCUGAUCAAAAUCAUUAAUUACCUUCACUACAAUCACCUUAAUCAAACUCUAAAUAAUAAUUUACAUUUCAAUCAACGGGAGGUUCAGGAAAACCAAAAAAUUUCUUAGAAAGAACACCUUAAAAAAAGAUAAUUAGUAGGUUGUUUUAAUGA